AUGUCUCCUGAGCUGGAAAAACUAUCAUAUCAAAGUGAUAUCAACUACAUUGUUAAUAAACAAUUACCCACUCAGCUUCUCAAAACUCAGGUACUGCUGGGAAAUUUUAUUGCAUCCUUAGCUAUCAGCAUCCUUGCCUAUGAUAUCGCUGAAAAAUUCCACACUAAGGACCGCAAUUUCACCUGUCCAGGAAAUUUUUGGGAAGAAAGUAUCAAAAUGGAGAAACAUUUGUUCCAUAUUUCUUUCAUCACUGGCUUCGGAUAUACUGCUUCGUUCCUGGCAGUCAUCGCCUCUGCCCUUCUCCUUCUCUUUUCCCUCUGGAGACACAAACGCAACAUGCAGACAAACUCCACGAAGGACCUCAGCAUGGAUGCCCACAUCAAAGCCAUGAAAUCCAUUCUCUCCUUCUUCAUAAUGUACAGCAUCAACUUUAUAUGUCUGAUCUUGACAAUAAUUUUUCCGUCUAAGACUGAAAAUGCCAUGAUGUUUCUUGUAUUCAUGUAUCUGUAUGCCUUUCCGGGUGUUCAUUCCCUGAUUCUGAUUUUCAGCAAUCCCAAACUGGAAAACACACUGCUAAGGAUUCUGCUUUGUAGGAAGCUUUGCAUGAGGUAG